AAAGAUGUAAGAACAUUUUCUUUUCUUCUCUGUCUUAAACAGAAUUGUUGUUUUUUGUUCUGUUUGAUUAAUUAUUAUCUCUUCUCCACAGUAUUAAUUAUAUGGAUCUUCUUGUUCAGAUACAUCACUCCUCCCACACAUUCUGCAAAGCAUUGAAGAAGCCUUUCUUGGGAAACUAUCUCUCUUGAUCUUUCCCAGAAAAUCUUGGCGUCACGUUGGAGUCCAUAAAAAAACAGAUAAACAUGUCACAGGACGUAAUUUCGUCGCAUGAACAGCUCUCAAUGGAUGAGAUCACAAGCCCUCUCACCGCUCAAAUCGUCGACUUCUGUGAUCCGCAAUUCUUUCAAGAGACAUUUAAUCAAACUUCUGAAGUGACCUCUGCUUCAAAUUGUUGUGGCUAUGUCGAAAACAUCAACAACAACAAUUGUUUGAAUCAAGACCAUGAAGACAACAACAACAACAACAACAAUAAUGACAACGGUGACUUAUCGAUCAUAUUCGACUCACAAGACGAUUUCGAUAACGACAUCACAGCUUCCAUAGAUUUCUCCUCCUCUAUUCAGUUUCCAGCGUCUGAUCAACUCCAAGACCAGUUUGAUUUCACCGGAGUUCAGCUUCACCAGCCUCCCAACAUCCUCUACUCUUCAUCUUCUUGUGAUCCUCUGCCUCCUCCUUUAUCGGUUUUUGAAGAUGAUUGUCUUUCUUCUGUCCCAAGUUACAAUCUUGGCUCCCUAAACCCUACUUCCCCCUCUUGCUCUUUUUUGGGUAAUCCCGGUUUACCAACUUACAUGUCUGUAACCGGGAAUAUGAUGAACACCGGUUUAGCCAUUGAAAGAUCUGGUUUUUACUCCGGUAGUCUCCAUUUUGGUUCUGAUUUUAAACCAUCACAUGAUCAAUUGAUGGAAAUCCAGGCUGAUACUAGUGGAAUGUUCUUUCCAGAUUCAGUAAAACCCAUCUUCAAUCAAGAAAAUCAUCACCUCCAGACACUUGACGGUGGCGAGAACCAGAACAACCUGGUGGCAACACCGGUUCUUCCACAGUUAGGAACAGAUAUAACCGGUUUAGACGACGGGAGUGUCAACAAAGUAGCUAAACUCACCGCUGAGCAGAGGAAAGAGAAGAUUCAUAGGUACAUGAAGAAGAGAAACGAGAGAAACUUUAGCAAGAAAAUUAAGUAUGCAUGUAGGAAGACGUUAGCAGAUAGUCGUCCAAGAGUAAGAGGAAGGUUUGCAAAGAACGAUGAAUUGUGUGAACCACAUAGACAUGGUUCUUCAAGCCAUCACGAAGAAGAUGAUGAUGAUGUGGGGGUCAAGGAAGAAGAACAAUUGGUUGAUUCUUCAGACAUAUUUUCACACAUAAGUGGUGUCAACUCUUUCAAAUGCAGUUAUCCAAUCCAGUCUUGGAUUUGAGUUGAUUACAUGGUCAUAUAAUCACAAAAUAGUAGUAUUUUUAUAGAGCUUUAUUUGUGUAUUUAUUAGUACAUUUUUUAGCCGACUCAUAUUUUCUCUACAAAUAUUUAGAAGUUAAGAAAAGAGGGAUGAAUAAUGGGUUUAGGCAGGUCAUGAUAAAUAAAACUGUAGUGAAGAGAGAGAGGGUUUGUUAUUAUGUUACAUAGAACAUGACGAAGUUUUGUAGAUAUUUGAUUAUAUAACAUGGUAUGGUAUUAUAAUGUCUACUGUAUUUGAUGAGUGUGUAUGAUAAUAAUAAUA